AUCGCCAUCUUCCAUCCUCAUUCCCAACCCCCCAUCCCGAGUCCACUAUGCCCAAUACCAAAGCCAAAGCGAAGAAUUCAAGAGCAAUCACAACAACGACAAUAACCACGAUAGUAACGACAACAGUAACAUCACCCAAACCUCCUGCAAAGAGAGGCCUGGCGACUAACGCCAAGACGAUAAGGCCCUCAGCAACCUCAGCUUCUGGACCAUCUACCGAUAAGAGACAACGCAGAUUUAUUUCGCUAAGCUUGAAAGCAGACUUCAUCAAGGAUGUAUUGGCUGAACAAGAACUGGAUCCACGAUUUCCAGCAGCCUCCGUUGGCAGGAGGCAAAAAUACAACUUCACUCGUGCAGAGAUUUCUCGCAUGAUCCGGGAUGCAGACGAUACCCCUCGUAAGGUCCAGGAGGCAAGCCAUCGGAACCCAGUGAAGAUCUCCAGGAUAUACCCACGGAAGAUGGAGGUUAUCGAAAAAGUGCUUUACUCUCAACUCAAGAAUGAGAUUGACUCUAGUAGGUAUAUGUGCUUAUCAUCUUCCUUUGCCUCAAUUCAGGCAGGUUAAAUGCAAUUUACCUCCCCCCCUUACAGAUAUCCCUGUGAACGAUAGCCGACUUAGGGAAAUGGCCCUACAGACAUACGUAGAAAUGAUGCCCCUUUUGGACCCUGACAUGGCGCCAGAGCUGAUUGACUUCUCAGAUGAUUGGCUCAAAGACGCUUUGAACCUGUGUCGCGCUGUAUCUUCUUAUAGAAAGAGGGAUGUGGUGCUAUCCACCGGCGUCCAGCCUGCACAGUCGCUUAGUCGCAGUAUUGCUGUAAUUGUGAGAGAUGGGCUUGAUCUAUUGAGCAACGCGAUGGUACUGGAAGAGGGACUAGAUUGGCAAGGCACUGUUGAGGUGUCUGAUACCGAGCCGGAGGAGAAGCAAUAAAUUUUUGAUUUAUCUACUGA